UUUAGAUUAUCAAAUGCAUUUGCUGAUGUUGUAGCUACAUCAAAUAUAACUGCUGGUCUCUCUUUUACAAUGUUGUUGCUUUGGUUUGAUUUCAUCCUACAUCUUCGAUUGUUUUUAGAACCUGCGUUAUAUAUUUACAUUAUAGUAAAUAUUAUAAAAAAGACAUAUUUAUUUGUCGUUUUCAUGUUAUUGGUUGUCCUUGCGUUCUCCCACGUGUUUUUACUCUUAUUACAACAUACAGAUUUUUCGGAUCUUGAU